GGCGGGGCUUUCAGUUUUCUUGCAUGAGAGAACUCGUGGAUCUUCUGAGAGAUGGUUGAGGGUGAGAGAAGCUUUGAGAAGGAACCAGCAGGCGCUUGGAUAAGGAAAGAAAAGCUCAACUGACGCGCUGGAAUGUUGCAUGUUUUCCUUCUGUGUAAAAACCCAGGCUCAGACUGAGUUUGGGAACUGUGCGUGUUUUAGCGGUGGUUCCGGAGCGACAUGGCCGCGCAACGCGUUCCCCUGAGCGGCUGCUCGCAGCACUCUGACCCGGGCUCAAACAGCGAGCGGAGCGCUGAUUCCCCUCUACCCGCCUCGGAGAGCGACUCGAGCGGCCACGUGUCUCCGCCCGACCCGGACUGGACCGAGGAGAGGUUCCGUGUGGACCGAAAGAGAUUAGAAACCCUGUUAUUAGCAGCCAGCGAGGGGCGAGUCAUCGGAGGAGAUGAUUUUUUCCAAAAGAUCAUGGAUGAAACAAGCACGCAGGUCGCCUGGCCUUCCAAACUUAAAAUUGGAGCCAAAUCCAAAAAAGACCCUCACAUUAAGGUCAGCGGGAGGAGAGAUGAUGUGAGAGAGGCAAAAGAAAGGAUCCUGUCUGUUCUGGACACGAAGAGUAAACGUGUGACGCUGAAGAUGGACGUGUCACACACUGAACACUCACACGUGAUCGGGAAGGGAGGCAACAACAUCAAGCGUGUGAUGGAGGAGACGGGCUGCCACAUCCACUUCCCUGACUCCAACAGGAACAGCCAGGGGGAGAAGAGUAACCAGGUGUCUAUAGCAGGACAGCCAGCAGGAGUUGAAACAGCCAGGGCUAAAAUCCGGGAGUUGAUGUCAUUAGUGUUGAUGUUCGAGUGCGGGGGAUUUAUCGAGUCCCUGGACCUCGGCUCUCCAGUAAUCCAGCACAUCGCACAGUCUUGCGGCGUCACCAUUACGUGCAAGCCACCUUCCCAUAUAUACGGCAACACGGUCGUCGUCCGCGGCAACCAAAGCAACGCCGCAGCAGUCAAGCGUGGUGCGGCUCUGCUGCUGGAUCACCUGGCUGGCUCCAUGUCUGGCUCAGUGACGGUCAGCACUCAGCUGGACAUCGCACCUCAACACCAUCUGAGUCUGCUGGGCCGAAACGCCGCCAACCUCAAACACAUCAGUCAGCGCACCGGUGCUCAUAUCCACUUCCCCGACCCCAGCACGGCCUCACACACUCACGCUCACACACGCCGCUCCAGCGUCUACAUUCAGGGCAGCAUCGACGCCGUGUGUGAUGCCAGACAGCAGCUCAUGGGCUGCUUGCCACUGGUUUUAAUGUUUGACAUUAAGGAGGAGGCUGAGAUCGAACCCCAGUGCAUCGCAACUCUUAUGGAGCAGUUAGACGUCUUCAUCAGCAUUAAACCCAAACCCAAACAACCCAGCAAGUCUGUGAUUGUAAAGAGCGUGGAGAGAAAUGCGAUGAACAUGCACGAGGCACGCAGGCUACUCCUGGCUCUGGAGAGCGUGUUCGGAUCUUCUCCAUGUCCCCCCGUUUCUUCUCCUUUUCCUCUCGGUACCAACAGCGUCCCUGUUAAUGACAACAGCUCCAGCGCAUCACUCCUCAACCCUGUUGGACUGGACGUCUUGGCCUCAGCUGGACUGGGACUAAGCACCCUGGGCCUCUUAGGUUCCCCAGAUCUCCCCACUCAUAACGGCUCGUCUGAAUCGAACCCGGAUCUGAAUGGACUUAACGAUGUAGUCGGGACAGUGCAAAGCAGCAACCUUUCACACACCCUGUCUCCAUUACACGGGUCUUCUCUCUGGACCAACACUCCCACUACAUCCGCCAACACUGCAGGGUUCUCCUCUGUCCUGAUGUUGCAGUCUGUCUCUCAGGGUUCACUCAGCAGUCUGCUGCUGUCCGGAGUCAACAGCUACUGCCAGAAUUACACACACAGUCCCUCUCUCACACACUCACACACUCACACUCCUUCUCCCCCACCAGGACUGGCACCAAUACACAAACCAGUGAGCACAGGGCAACUCAAAACACACAUGCCUUCUAUGUACAGAGGGAUUUCAUCUGUGUCAUUAACUGAAUCCAUGCUUGGACCCGCCCAUUGUGACCCAGCACAGGAAACUAAUGGACACAGCCAAUCAGAAGCUCUUUCAAACAAAUCUAGCUCUGAUGAAGGCUCUGACACAUUUGUUGAAGUGGGCAUGCCCAGGAGCCCAUCCCACUCAGCCAAUGGGAGCGAACUGAAGCAGAUGCUGGCUUCCUGUACAGUGUCAUCAGGGAAACGGCAGACUGUAGAACUGCUCCAAGGCACCAAGAAGUCACAUCUCCGAUCAGAGUGUCUUUUGUCAGAUGCUGAGCCUGACACUGUAGCUGAUAAGAGAGCACCAGGCAGCGAGAGAGCAGCAGAGAGGAACAGACUGGUCCCUCAUACACAAGCCUAUGACUAUGAACAGAAGAAGCUACUCGCCACGAAAGCCAUGCUGAAGAAGCCAGUUGUGACCGAAGUUCGGACCCCGACCAACACAUGGAGCGGACUCGGUUUCUCCAAGUCCAUGCCUGCAGACAGCAUCAAGCAGCUCCGCAGAGGCAGCCAUACACCCUACAAACCCUCAGUUAACACUACGGGUACUCUCUCAGCAUCAUGCACGGGCAACAGGGAGCAUCAUAGUAACAACGGUGAUGGAGAAAGCUGGUGCACCAGAAACGGUAGCUGUGUGAUUAACGGUGGUGCAGCAGCACAACACACAUUCCCCUCUACCAUAAGCUCUUCUGAGCGGAGCAAGAGCAGAAGCGCCAUGGACCAGUACCUGAGCACCAGUAAUUAUAUGGAGUGCAUUUCAUUUAUGGGCGGCAGUAAGGCGUCAUCUCUGAGCUCCUCUCUUAAAGGUACAGACCUGCCUGAGCUUUUCAGCACUCUGGGACUGGGCAAAUACACUGAUGUCUUCCAGCAGCAGGAGAUUGAUCUGCAGACGUUUGUCACACUAACGGAUCCUGAUCUGAAGGAACUGGGAGUCACGACGUUUGGAGCACGUAGGAAAAUGCUGCUGGCGAUCUCAGAGCUGAAUAAGAGCCGGCGGGAGCUUUUCGACCCUUCGAACAUCCGCACGUUGUUCCUGGAGGAAGGAGUAAACAGCCGUCUGGCUCGACACUUCCGCGCCGAUGUGGCCAGCGUGAGCGGGCGUUGGUGAUUUAAAAUAAAUAAAUAAAUAAAUCACAAGACAGUAAAAUCUAAUACCUCUGUGGUACUAGUUAAUGGUACCUCUACAUGGAUUACACUACACACCAACUUACUAAUGUGGCGAUUCUGAUCAUGUAGAGCAAACCUUUUCAUUCUGUACAAUCAGGCUGGAUAAUGUUGAAAGACAUAAGGGUCAGUAAGGUCCUUUUUUUUUGCCACAAGUGCCAAAAAUUAAAACGUUGACUAUCUUCAGAGGCAGUUUGGGGAAUGUUGGCUGCUACUUUGUUGCCUUAGAGUGAAAAGUGUAUAAAAGGGUCAAACGGUACGUUUAACUUUGGUACUCCUGCCUCCUCUGGCACAUUGAAGUAUCAGUAUUAAGCACUUUAAGUUAGCUUUACGCGUGUAUGUGCGCACGUGCACUUACUAGUCGUCAGUGUUCGUAGUUCAAAGGUCACAGUUUAUGUUUGAGGCCUUGUUGUUUUGCUCAUAUUGAUGUUAUUCAUUGCUAUAAGGCUGCACUAUAAGGCUCCAGUGUAUAUUUAAUUUGAUUUUUGCUUUUUUUUUAAAUUUUGUAUUGUAAAUAUUUUUAUUUUGUAUACAUUACAUUUUCUUUGAGAAGCAUUAAUUUACAUUUUUUAUUGUCCUCUGGUUUUAGUUAGAAGGUCAUUUGUGGAUUUAUUAAUUUUUUUUCCCCCAAUAUGCCUCCAGAUUUUCCAGGAAAAAAAAAAACAAUAAUCAUUUUACAGAGAGAUGUUCGAGAAUAUAUUAAUGAUGAUUUUUUUCUCUCUCUCUCUCUCUCCAUUCCACGUUAUUGUCACUUUGGGACAUGUUCAUUUCUCUAGAUGCCUGCCUACCCGUAAUAUACAUUUAUUUUUGGCUUCGGAGUGAAGGUUAAAGAUUACAGGAAGUCUCGCUGUGUCCUAAACCACAUCCGCACCAUCAUUCUGUGUGUCUUUUCUUCUAGACUUUAUUUUAAACAAACCUCACAUAUAAAAUCAUUUCUAUAUGCAGCUGUGGAUUAAAAUCGUGUAUAGUGUAGGAUAAAUGAUGGUGAAAUGUAUUUGAAGUUAAUUAAAAUGAGGCUGUUUUUGUAUUGUUUAGUUUUGAUUAUGUGUAUGGCUGGUCAUCCAUUAUUUUAGUAGUUUGUUUGUUUGUUUUUUUACUUUGAAUAUUUCCCUAUUUUUAUAAGUUGACCUCGGUUUGUUGUGUGUGUUUUAUUUUUUACAAAAUAAUUGAGGUUAAAGCCUUGUAGCCUCGGGAUUACAAAGUGUAUGCUCUCUCUCUCUCUGUCUCUCUCUAUUUCCCCUUUGAGACAUAUUGCUUUAACAUCAUCCAUAAAUGUUUCCACUUUGAAAACGUUUGCUAGCUUGUUCUCAUGACAGAUCUGAUUGUAUCAACAGGUUUUUUUUGUUUGUUUUAUACACAUCUGGUUUUAGGUCAAACUUUCCAGAUGUUCAACACAAGGGACCCAAAGUUUUGCUAAGCAGCUCAUUAGCAUGUUUUAUUUAUUUUUUUUAUUUUUUAAUAAGAGCUCUUGUUAGGGUGUUGAUAUUAAAUAUUCAGAUGACACGUGAGAGUUACAGAGAGAUGAACUCCGCCACACAGGACGCAUUAAUCAUUUACAGGAAGUUCUUUACUGCAUGAUUGGUUGAACCAUGCUUUCUUGGGUGGACUUUGCUCUCCAGAGUGUUUGAUAUGAAGAAACGGUGAUUGGUGGUGAUUUAAGGAAUUUAUCAAUAUUCCUAAAGUGUUAAAGCAAUAAUUCUUCAAAGGUGUUUAAGUUGAUGGAGUGGACAUUUUUAAUUUAGGUUCUUUCUUUUUUUUUUUUGAUGGUCCAAAGAGUCGUACAGGAGAAUGUUCAGUACUUACAAGAAUCAGACCAGAGUCAUGACUGACUCACUUAAAGUUCCACAGGUUCUGUUUUUUAGCACAGUAAGAAGCAUGCGGAAGUGAUGCCUGUGCUGCAGACAGAUCAGCUCCUGGUCACAUCCUAAUAAAAAAGAAUCAGAAUGUUCAGAAGAAGUUCCAUUGUGGUUUGGUUACCAGAAUUAAAAUAAACAUAUGCAAGCAAA